CACAAGUAGCGGACUAGCAUGGCGCUCGGUGCGGUCGGAGUUCCGUUGUCUCGCUCGUGUCCUUUUCAUGUUAGGUUUAACUCUUGUAUCUGACAAAAGUAUAUUUAUACUACACGCUGUACACCUCAAAAGAAAACCUUUCCUGGAGGAGCAGCGGUAUUUUGUCCGGCGGAUAAGUGGCUGCUUUAUUCCAGAUAGCUUGCUAACUAGCAAGAAAGCAAAAAUUGGGAGAUACGAGGCAACAAGAGGAGGAGUCCUGUUUUGGAAGAGCUGAUGCAGAUGCCAUGGCCACAGCCGAGGUAUGGGAGUGACGUGACAGCACUGGUCCUGCAUCCGAACCAAAACCUCAUCAUGUUUUUCUGCUGAAGUAGUGGCAGAGCACACAGAGAAUGGACGAGUCAGUGUUGUUGGAUUUGCUUGAGUGCCCUGUUUGUCUGGAGCGUCUGGAUGCCUCUGCGAAGGUCCUUCCCUGUCAGCACACCUUCUGCCGCCGAUGUCUCCAGGGCAUCCUAGGCUCACGUGGAGAGCUGCGCUGCCCAGAGUGCCGGACGUUGGUGGAGUGUGCCGUAGAUGAACUCCCCAGCAACAUCCUUCUCGUGCGCCUGUUGGACGGCAUCAAGCAGCGGCCCCGAAGGGCUGGCCCAGGGGCAGGAGUCUGCACAAAUGGUACGUCUGGAGCCGUGGCCAGAGCACACAGCAGUGGAUCCAGGGACCAGGGCACCCCAGGAGCACAACCCCAACGAGCUCAAGCUAAGAGCACCCUCGUACGGGGUGUACCCCAGCUGCCCUGUGCCAAGGCGCUCUACAACUAUGAUGGUAAGGAACCAGGAGACCUCAAGUUCAGCAAGGGUGACAUUAUCAUCCUGCGCCGGCAAGUGGACGAAAACUGGUACCACGGCGAGAUGGGCGGAGUCCACGGCUUCUUCCCCACCAACUUUGUCCAGGUCAUCAAGCCGCUGCCACAGCCACCACCUCAGUGCAAAGCCCUCUAUGACUUUGAGCUCAAAGACAAGGAGGCAGACAAGGACUGUCUGCCCUUCUCCAAGGAUGAUAUCCUGACUGUGAUCCGCAGAGUGGAUGAAAACUGGGCAGAGGGAAUGCUUGGAGAUAAAAUUGGAAUUUUCCCCAUCUCAUAUGUCGAGUUCAACUCUGCAGCUCGUCAGCUUAUAGAGUUGGACAAGCCGUCAGACUCCAGUGGAGACUCUGGUGAGGGGGCCUCCUCGGGGCCCCAGAGCAACGGUGCCCAGCGUGCAGGGGAGAAGAAGAACAGCAAGAAGCGACAUUCCUUCACCUCUCUCACCAUGUCCCACAAACCCAUGCUAGCUCCUCCCCCCCAGCGCCACUCCAUGGAGAUCAGCGGGCCCGUCCUCAUCAGCUCCAGCAACCCCACAGCAGCUGCACGGAUCGGGGAGAUCAGCGGGGGGCUCUCCUGCAGCGCACCUUCACAGGUAAGAUUUUGCACAACUGGACUAAUCGUGACCCCACCCCCCAGUAGUCCUGUUACUACAGCAACGGUCUUCACAUUUCCCUCGGAGACGAGCUACACAUCCAUCACUGUGGAUGCUCUCCCACCACCCCCACCGCCUCCCCCACAGUCCUCCGUUGAUGGAGCAGCAUAUUCAUUGGCUGCCGGACAGAGACCCUCCCCCAGCAUAAGCGACCAAAGUGGGAGACAAAGACCCACAGUCUAUGUGGCGAUGUUCCCAUAUACUCCCCGUAAGGAGGAUGAGCUGGAACUGAGGAAGGGAGAGAUGUUUCUGGUGCUGGAACGCUGUCAGGACGGCUGGUUCAAGGGCACCUCCAUGCACACGGGCAAGAUUGGAGUCUUUCCUGGAAACUACAUGAGCCCAGUCAGCAGGACAGCUUCAGGGAGCACGCAGCCCAAAGUGCCCCUGAGUCUGUGCACUCAGGCUGGUAGAGGGGUCACCAUCGUCAGCCCCUCUUCUUCCUCCCAUGGGGCCAUUGUUCCAGGUCCCGAUUUCAACAAACCCCUCACCGUGUGCUCCAGCGCGGUCCCUGCCAACUCCCAGCCUGCCGUUGUGGUAACAGCAGCUCAGACAGCCACAGGUCAACAGCCAAAAGUCCCUCUGCAUGUCAGCUCCCAGAUGACUGUGAACCAAGCUCGCAAUGCGGUCAGGACAGCUGCAUGUCACAGUCAGGACCGGCCCACAGCGGCUGUGACACCCAUCCAGUCUGCAACACCUGUGACCUAUCUCCCACACCUCACAGUGUGCCCGCAGCCUUCCUCCAGUCCCGCUCAAUGCUGUACUCGGGCUGGAGUGGCAAUGGGCUGUGCUGCUGCAUCUCUGACACCACCCAACGUCAGCGCUGCAUCCUUGGAGGGUGAUGCUUUGAGACCUGUAGCUGUCCUCACUGUCCCCGGCUCCGGGAACAGCUCGGCUCUCAACUCCGCGGCUAACAGCGCGGCUCUCGCUUGCCGACUGGACAAGGACGUCAAGAGAGAAAAGAAGAGUCUUCUCAAGCUGUUGUCCAAUAAGAAGAAGUCUCGUCCUUCACCGCCCUCCUCUCCUACCCUUGAAGCGGAACAAGCUGCUGCUGGAGAGGUGCUACAUGGCGCUGUGGGCCCUGACACCUCCCCUCCCUCCGGCUCCGUCAGCUGCCUCGAGCCCGAACCUGCUGCUGCUGCUGCUGUCGCCUCUGCUUUUCCAUCCUCUUCAGUCCCAGAGUCCUCCCAUCGGAAGAGCAGUCCCCUUGACGGAUGCGCACCCAUCGCUCCUCCUCCUCGCCAGCCGUGCUCCUCUCUUUUAUCCCAACAACAUGAUGCACGACCCAUCAUAUGUGAGAGGUACAGAGUGGUGGUGUCGUAUCCUCCCCAGAGCGAGGCUGAGCUGGAACUUAAGGAGGGCGACAUUGUGUUUGUUCACAGGAAGAGAGAAGAUGGCUGGUUCAAAGGCACGCUGCAGAGGAACGGCAGGACCGGACUGUUCCCUGGCAGCUUUGUAGACAGCAUCUAAUACACACAUUGCAGUGAACCCCCACCAUGACCCAGCUGAACGCUGCUAGCCUCGCUACAGUGCGUCACCGUGCAAAACCAAACGGGUCAGCACUCGCGAGUUUGACGGGACAGGACCAUCAUAUUGACACUUUAACUUCCUUAGAGCCCAACGCGGCUCAGGCCACUGAAAAUUAACGCUGGUGGCACGUGAGAGAGAGCUGCAGAGAAGAACGGUUGUCAUUGAAAGCACAGUGGACAGAGUUAGAGGAGAGCACACUACUCAUGAACUUUUCCUUUUUGUUGGUUAUUUAUAUCUUUGUAACAAUUCAGCUGUUUAAUGUGUGCCUUGUACUGUUCCUCACUUUAUUGUACAUAAGGACACAAAGAUGAUUAGUCCUAAAACAACCAAUAUGAGCUGUUGAUAUAGAUAUGUUACACAUUUUAACUUAUUUCAUAGAUUGGCCUUUUUGUAGUGCAACACGUUAAGGGGCUGGCACAUGCCUUAUGCCAUAUAUGACAACAUCAGAUAUACUUUCUCCAUCUGCCUGCGGUUUCACCAUUAUUUCAAACUGUCAGCAGAUAGGAGCAGGAAUAUCAGAUGCGCCAGAACAAAUGAGCAGUGUCAUCAUCGCUUGUGCUGUAUCGUAGGAAAAAAGGAUACUUCCGCAGCUCUAAAGGCUUAACCUAAACCUGAAGAUCAUAAGAGAGAUCUGCCGUAUUGCACAUUUGAGCUACAAUUCACAUCCAUGUAAACAUUGCACAUCGCAAAAUAUUCCUGUGGGCCAUCACAGGAUUUUUUCCUGGUGUGGCUGAGGCUGAAGUGCUUAGGACUGUUACCUGCAGUGAUCAAAUAUUUGCAUGUGAUUAGCAAAGCCUCCUACAGGAGACGCAGUGGUGUUAGAUGUGUUGCAGAACUGUUUGGUUAUGCCUUUUUAAUAUGCGAAAAAACACACUCCGAGAAUGACUUUGCAGUCAAAUAUUGCUUACUUUGUACCUUCUUUGUAUUUACUGAUCACAGUAGCUUCUCUCCAAGACGUAGCUCUACAUCAUAAGAGCGACAUAACAUUUCAUGGUGCACAACAGAUUCUUUUCCGUGUAUAUUUAUGUUGGUUACAAAUUCCACAGAGGCUGACACCUGCUGCUCUUAAAGUAAUUUAACUAACCCGGACACGCAGUAAGGCACACAGACAGACACCUUCACCCUUCAGCAGGCUCUCAGUUUUUGUACACUAUUACUCAUUCCUAAUGUGACUUGCGGCAAUAAAAACACAGCUAGCUAAAGCACAGAAUGUUUGCCUAAAGUAACAUAUCAUUGUAUCACUCCACAGGAAGAGAUGUGUAGUGAAAUUCUGUUGAAUUUAGAAAGAUUUAUUGAAAUCAAUCACUUUGACCCCCUUGAUUUAUUAUUUUUUUGGAUUUUGUGGUCAAGUUUUGUUGUACAUUACGUCUAUACAAAGUUUUUAAUGUUAAGUAUUGUAUUGACUUGAAUUACUGUAAGAUUUCUAUGUGAUCGGAGGGGAUUUGGUCGUAGUUUUGGUACUUGUUAAACUUAAAAAAGAGAACGGGCAGUUUCAGAAUUUAUACUUUGGGGAAAUAAGACCAGUUUCUGUCAUCAGUUUAAAUAUCUCAACAUGUAUUCUCCAAAAUAUAAUGGAUACAUGAAUUCAAUUCUUCACAGUAGGUAUCAUUAUACAGUUCCUCCAGGACUUCAUGGGCUGUUUUUUUGGAUAAUUUCAGCCUUAAAUGACUGAUAUCACUGCAGCUUUCCAAAAAAAACUGCAAUGCAUGUUGCAAUGUUUAUAGGUGGGAGGGUUUUUUUGCAAUGAAAUUGCAGGGGCUAGUAAAAAUAAUUGCAAAAAUAGCUGUAAUGCUGUCACCGACGAUCAGCUGUUGCUACCAACAAUACGGUGCUAAAGGACCGUCUUUGUGAGCCGCUCUCCUGCUCUCUCUGCCCAGUUAGCACGAGCUAACACAGCAGCAGUGUUUAACUUCCAACACUGAGUCGUUUAAUGGUGCCAACUAAAACAAAACAGUGCCACGCUGUUGUGAAAUCAGUUAAUAACCAUCAACGUUUUCCCCAGAACUUAAAUCUUUGUGUGGCGUUAGCUGAUCAUUCUGUAUCCACUCUCUAAAUCGUACAUUUUUGCAGGUCCAUGAAUGCAGUGCAGUAGCAGUCUAGGGGUGGAUAAUUGAUCUAAUGAUCCGUUCACUGCUGAUCAUAUUAGAUUGAUGGAUGAGAGGAGCAGCUGCUACAGAGGCGAGUGAAUGCAAACUUUUAGACUUAGUGCAAUUAACAUUGAAGUUUCACUAUUACUGCACCUGACGUUCUGUCUGCUCAGAGAACGCCCUGCGCUUCGAAGGUGAUUUGUAAUGGAUUACAGAACAGUAUAUGUAUUACAAUAGUGCUCCUGAUGAACAGUCCAGGUCCAAAAAUAAAAAAUGCAUUCGUGGUAGCAGCUGCUUUGGUCGUGGCAGCCCGCCACAAACAAAUUAAUGUGUUGGAAACCCUGACUGUUGGGUAGCAUUAGCUGUGUGAUGUUAACAGUUAGCCCUGUGAAUGUGUGUCCCAAGCACAGAGCUCACACUCCUGCUGCUGUGGUCUCAUGAUAAAAAGAGAGAGAGACAGCAGGGCAAGGAGAGGCUGAGCGGAUCAACACGCUGCACACAGCUCUGCAGUUAAAUGAGAUUUUACCCAUUUUAAAUAGUAAAAUUUGCAGUACAGUUGCAGGAAUUGACAGAAUUGCAAGUCAUGCACAAUUCACAAGAAUUGGCUGACUCUGCAUAAUCAUUGCGACUGCAACAUCCUGGAGGGGCUGAUUAUAGACUGACUGCCUCAGUUGGCUCCACAAUAUUUAAUAUAAUGUGACUUAUUCAUCAGAAAGUCUUAUGAGGUCUGAGUAUUUAAAACACUUUAAAGUUGAGGCAAUCACUGAGUUGUGCCAAAUUUGGCUUUGAGAAUGAAUUCACUGACUGAAUUGGACCCACAGUUUCAAGUCUGUUUUUUGUUUUUUUAGUAUUUUGUAAGUUGAGGGGGACCACUGUGUAACUGACUGCUGGAAUAUGUUGUAGCUUGUUUGAAAUUUGGAGCGUAUGUGGAAAAGGAUGGUACAAAUCACUGUUAGGGCCUUUUUGUGUUUUUUUUUUAUGAAUUGGUACUUAUGUAGAAUUAAUCUGAUAUUGCAUUGUUGUCUUGGCAAUCACCACACCAACCUCAGGCUCUGUGCUAAACUCUUCCUCCGAGUGUCUUUUCAUUUCACUGGUAAGCCUUUAAUAUACACAUCAGACUUACUCCAACACAGAUGUACACAUUUAUGCACUAUCAUGACGUAUCUAAUCGUACUGACUUCUCGUCCAUAUUGUUCAUGCAUAGGCUGCACAGUCCUCAAAACAUGAAGCAUUUCUUAUAACAGUUAAUAAGUAUAUUUUUCAUUUAUUGGAACACAUGGCAACUUAAGUUUGCUUGAUUCAACUUAACAGAUUUCCUCAUGCCAAGGUGACUUACUUGAUUUUUUUUUUGUCUGUAGUUAGUCUGUUGUAUGUCUGAAAAUGGUGAAACUGAAAUCAACCUAUUUGGCACAAAUCUAUUAUGUGAAAAAAAAAAACAUUUUGAAGUAUCUGAGGGAAUAGCACAUUUUGUAAAAAUCUCUAUAACAAUAAAAGCUAAUGGUUUCCAUAAUCUC